GUAUUCUAUGUGGAUUGUUUUGGGCUUUGGAGUGCUUGUGCUGCCUCCUUUUCCCGUUUCUAUGCUUCAAAGUUCCGUGAAGUUUGUUGUUUUAUGUUUGCGUCAUUCUAGUGUAUAUGAUUCUAUCCUUGUACGUUGAAUUUUAUCAUUUAAAAAUAAUUUAUUUGUCGUUAUGUUGUGAUAAUUUUUAUUACUUUAAAUGCGUAAAUUUGGUUUAACACAGUGUAAUGAGUAAUAUUGACUUUGAAAUGUGAUAUGAUAGUGCCUUCUAAGUUUUUGAGUAACAUCAAAGUUGGCUAAGUUUAACAAAGUGAUAGUAUUUUCUUUAUUUUAAUCCAGAUAUAUUAUGUGUAUGCACAUUGUGUUUGUAUGGAUUACGUGAUCAUUAUUUAACAGGUUAACUUCAUGCGGUGACACGCGACACGACGCGACGCGAUGGACGCGGCCGACAAGCGUAUGCUAGAGCGCGAAGCGCUCCGCAACAUGAUCCAGCAGUGGAACGCUAACCGUCUCGACCUGUUCGAGCUUAGCGAACCAAAUGAGAACUUGGAGUUUCAUGGUGUGAUGCGGUUUUAUUUUCAAGAUUCCGGACAAAAGAUCGCAACGAAGUGCAUACGUGUUGCGUCCGAUGCUACAGUCAGCGAUGUCAUAGAGACGCUCAUCGAGAAGUUCCGUCCAGACAUGCGAAUGUUGUCACUUGGCUCGUAUUCGCUAUGGGAGACCCACGGGCCGGACGACGAGCGGCGGUUGGAACCGCACGAGAAGCCGCUAUUGGUGCAACUCAAUUGGCAUGCUGAUGAUCGCGAAGGACGUUUUCUGCUUAAGUGUCUUAGUAACAACGAGGUGCCUUUAACGUCAGUCAAUGAAAAAGGGGAUCAAAAUUUUAAACGGAAAUUGUCUAAACGGGAGAAGAAGGAACUAAGAAAGAAGGAGAAACUGUCAAGAUUAAAAUCUGAUACCAAUAAUGAAAAUCGGCCAGUUGCUGAAAAACUUUACACAGAGUUGCCCGAAACAUCAUUCACACGCAGCAUUAGCAACCCCGAAGCUGUGAUGCGUCGUCGGCGGCAGCAGAAGUUGGAGCGAAAAUUGCAACAGUUUCGCUCAAAAGAUGGCGGGCCCGAUACUGGUGGUACGCUGAAAAUCUACGGUUCGUCGCUAUGUCCGGACGUGCCGUACAAGACAUUGUUGCUAUCUGUAGGCGAAACUGCCGCGACCGUGGUGCGGGAGAUGCUCGAUAAAUAUGGACUCUCCAGGCAGGACCCGCAGCAAUUCUGCAUUGUUCAGGUUGACGCGGCCGAUAACUCCGAGUACAUCCUGGAGGACGACGAGUGCCCACUUGCGAUUGUAAUGACGCAUCCUCACCGCAGCUCCAUCAUGUUCCACGUGCGGCGGCGGCCGGCGGACGCGCAGCCGCGGCGGCGCAAGAAAAAAGCGGGCGGCUCCAUAGGCAGCGGCGGGCGACCCGGCAACGAGCCCGUGCUGCUAGAGGUCGCCACCGACGGUACCGCCCUCGAGAACGGCCGCCGGAUACGCAUCACAGAUGUCGUUGAGGUGGGAUCUGGCAACGGAACAACACUUCAAUUAUACGGGCCGUCAAUUCAGCCUCGGCACUGCGUGGUGACCACCGGGGAAGGUGGCGGCUACACUGUGACGCCACUUCAUGCCGAUGCACACGUGUACGUGAAUGGACGGCGUAUAAUGCACACGCAGCGGUUGCAGCACGGGUGCCUGUUAAAAUUCGGACGCGUCUCAACUUUCCGAUUCUUGGACCCGGCGCAAGAAAAUUUCCUGAACAGAAAUCUUUCACAAUCACAGCACUUCGGUUCCGGCUCCAUAUACGAUAGAUCGCCGACGUCUCCGGAGAGCGGCGCGAUGUCGCCCACGUCGAUGACGUCACACCAGCCCGACCUGGUCGACUCGAACGCGAACACCACCGACAAUGAUUAUCCGCGGACCAUGAGCCCGGUCUCGCACGACACCUACUACCGGGAGGGGAACGAGCCCAUGUCGCCAUACAACAACAACACGCUGAAACUCGACAACGAGUCGCUCAGAAUGUCGCAGCAUCUGAACGAAUCGAAAGACGAUUACAUAAGGGACGAACAUACCGGCUCGGUGUACAACGAUCCCGAGCAGAAUCCGGCCAAUCGCACAGCCAACUCUCAAUACAAAGACAACUACGAGACCACUUUCGAUUUGGACGGAAACGUUGAGACGAAAAGCAUCUGCAGCGCCAAGAGUGGCGGCUCGGGACAUGAUAACAGGAUGAGUGGCAGCGUGAGCAGCGCCGCGCGGCCCGGGCAGGAGGCGAUCCUGCCGGCGGUGCUGGAGUUCCCCGAGGCGGGGCAGGCACAGUUCCUCGCCGCCGUCAUCACGCGCCUUGACCCGCACGCGCCCGCCUUCAAGCUUGCGCCUGUCUACACGCUCUACCUCUGCGCUAGAUAUCGUGCUUCAACGCACUACCGGCCUGAGCUGACGCCCACGGAGCGAGCCCAUAAGCUAACUGCGUUCUUGCAUCACGUCGCUAUGCUUAUUCACACUACAGUUCAGGAGCGAUGUACCGACUCAGCUGCGCAAGCAUUCUGGAUGGCCAACGCCAGUGAACUGUUACAUUUCUUGAAGUGUGAUAGACAUAUAUCUUCCUUCUCUACGCAAGCUCAAGAACUUUUACCUACAACUGUACAAAACGCUUUCAGCAAUCUAGUGACGUGCUUCCAAGAGGAACUGUCCCGCGCUCUGGCGACGCUGACGACGCUGCCGGCGGGCGGCGGCGCGGACGCGGCCGACGCCACCGAAGCCACGGCGCCCACGCUGCAGGCGCUCGCCACCGCCAUGGUGCUGCUGCGCCGCUGCCGCGUCAACGCCGCCCUCACCAUACAGCUCUUCUCGCAUCUCUUCCAUUACAUCAACGCCGUUUGUUUCAACAAGCUGGUGCGCGAGGCGGGCGGCGCUGGUGGUGCUGGUGGUGCUGGCGGUGCUGGCGGUGCUGGCGGCGCUCGGUGGGGCGCGGCUCUGGCGGCGCGGCUGGCGCUGCUGGCCGCCUGGGCCGAGCGCCAGGGGCUCGAGCUCGCCGCCGACUGCCAUCUCGCGCGCACGCACCAGGCCGCGCGGCUGAUCCAGGGCACGUACCGCACGGCGGAGGAGGUGCGCGCGGCGCUGGCGGCGUGCUGCAAGCUGAACUCGGCGCAGGUGCGCGCGCUGCUGGCGCCGCUCGUGGCCGCCGACGUGCUGCACGCCGCCGUCGACCACGCGCGCGCGCUCGCCGACGAGCUCGCGCGCGCCGACGGCCGCGAGAUCGAGCUGGAGGAGAGCGCGUGGCUGGGCGCGGCGCUGCUGAUCCCGGGCGACGGGUUCAGCGCGGAGGUGGUGCGCGGCGUGCCGCCCGGGCUGUCGGAGUUCGUGGCGCCGCUGCAGCGCGGCGGGCUGUGCCGCCUGGCGCUGCAGCCGCACGCGCUCGGCGUGUGGACCGUGUACAUGCACGGCUACGGCGCCGCGCCGCGCCGCCCGCCCGACCCGCGCCUGCACAUCAUACAGCUGCACAAGAACGCCAACGGCAUGGGGCUCAGCAUCGUCGCCGCCAAGGGCGCUGGGCAGAGUAAGCUGGGCAUCUACAUAAAGUCGGUGGUGCCGGGUGGCGCAGCCGCCGCCGACGGUCGCCUCGCCGCCGGCGACCAGCUUCUCUCCGUCGACGGACAGUCGCUCGUCGGUAUCACGCAAGAGAAGGCAGCUGAAUACUUAGUGCGGACUGGUCCGACCGUGACGCUCGAAAUCGCGAAACAAGGCGCCGUACUCCACGGUCUAGCUACACUUCUACACCAACCUGCUUAUAACCAGAAACAAGGCGCAGGCGCCGGAGGCAGUGUAGGCGGCGUGGGCGGCGUGGGCGGCGUGGGCGGCGCGGUGCGGCGGGCGUCGGAGCGCGACCUGCCGGCGCGGCUGGCGGCCGAGCCCGUGAAGCCCAGCAAGAGCACGCCCGCGCUGCACCACGUGGCCUCGCCGCCGCCACCGCACCCGCACACGCACCCGCACCCGCACCCGCACCCGCACCACGCCUCCAGCGCAACAAUGAGCCCCGUGCCGUCGGUGAGCUCGGCGAGCGCGGCGGGCGCGGGCGGGCCCGGUAGCGCGGGCGGCGCGUGGUCGAGCAAGUCUCGCAGCAGCCACAACCUGUCGGCGCCGCAGCACGACACCUUCUACCAGAACCUGUCCGCCGUGCAGGCGCACCACCACCCCUACCACGUGCACCCGCCCUCGCUGCAGGACAGGUGGUCAUCACUGCGCAGUUCGACAGGCAGCAAUCGGCCGCAGUCCGCGCACUACUCGGCCGCAUCCGACCAUCCUCCUGACUCGCCAAUACAUCAGAACAACCAAGCGAUGACUGCACGUUCCGCGAAACUUGCCGAAAUGUCAGAGGAGGUCACAAGACGGCAACAGCAGCAACAACAGUUACAACAGCAGCAGCUACAACAUCAACAGUUACAACAACAGCAGCAGCUACAGCAACAUCAACAAUUACAGCAACAACAGCAGCUACAACAACAAGAACAAUUGCACCAACAACAGCAGCUACAACAACAACAACAACAACUGCACCAACAACAGCAGCUACAACAACAACAGCAGCUACAACAACAACAGCAGCUUCAACAACAACAGCAGCUUCAACAACAACAACAAACGCAGCUACAACAACAACUGCAGUAUUCGACUAUGCCACAAAAACCACCGCCUAACAUGUCUCACCAGCAUCCGAAUCUUCAUAAUCAUCAGCAGAUGUCUAAUCAAAUUCCAAUGCAUGUACACACAUCACAGCAGAUCCACCACGCGGGACAACCGUCCCCACAGCAGACGUAUCACAAUCAGCACGGCCCUGCGCAAAGAUAUGAAUGGCAUCCUCCUGGACCACCGUCGCCACAGAGGUCUCAGCCGCCUGUUGCUCCGAAACCACAGGGUAUAAGACGAGACACGGAGAUGGAAGAACAGCAUCUGCAGAAUAUGCAGUCGCCACAGGCAAACACAACAGUACAGCCUGAUGAUGAGCGGUACGUGGCGAGCGCGUUGGAGCCGCCAGCAGUGUCGGUGUACCCGGCGACCGGCGCGGCCGGCGUGGUCGGCGCGAGUGGCGGCGGCGCACGCUCGCCGGCCGCGCACAACCCCUGGCAGCGCGAGGAGCGCGAGCGGCAGGCGGCCGCACGCCGCGCCGCCAACAGGGCGCGCAGGGAUGCGACGAUCAUGUCGCUGCUGUCGCUGGGCGCGGCGCGGUCGCCGGUGCAGAACCAGCAGCUGCGCGCGCUGCAGCUCGAGCGGGACUUCGAGCGCCGCGCCACCAUGCACCAGCAGGAGGAGGGUGGCAACACAGAGGGCGCCCUCGAGGACGAGUCCCGCGAUUCGUCCGAGGAGGAGGCGCCGCCCCCCGCCGCCGACUACGAGCCGCGCCCGCCGCCGCCCAAGUCCAUACUCAAGACCAACCCGAGGCCAGAAAUUUCGAACGGAUAUGCACAUGAAAUGACGAGCGCCGAGGAGAGAGUGUCGGAGGUGGCGGGCGGCGUGUCGGCGCUGUCGGUGUCGGCGCCGGUGCCGCCCGCGCCGCCGUCGCGCGGCUCCUCGUUCGCGGUGAUGGCGGGCCGCGCCAGGCACCUCGACGCACCAGCCGACACCACCCAUGCCGCACACGCCGCACACGCCGCACACGCCGCACACGCGCCGCAACCGCCGCCGGCGCAACAUCCACCGCCGCAAUCGCCCGGGUCGCAGCGGGACAAGCGCGUGUCGUUCCACGAGCGGGCGGCGUCGUCCCCGGCGGCGAGCCCCGCGCCCGCGCCGCCCGCGCCGCCCGCCAGCUCGCCGCCGCCGCUGCACGACGCGCCGCACAGGGAAGAUCCCGACCGUUUCAUCGAGGAAGCGGAAAGCUUGCUGCAGCUGCCGUCGCCAACGACGCCGACGCCGUCAGCCGCCGCCGCACAUGGCCACACGCCCGGCGUCAUCGGCGCGCAGGAGGUCUACCGAGACCCGCGUGCGCGACGUCUAGCCGAGCAGCAGGCGCGCGCCACCACCACGCCCAUACCAGAACAACUCUCUUUUAAGGAAAAGAUGAAAAUGUUCGCACUAGAGUCGGGCGAAAGCUCCACGCCCAAAGAUAAGGUAAAAAUAUCGCGCGCACAGCGGGACAUUGAUGCAGUACAUUAACGACCUCUCAGCUGUUAUUUAUUAAAACAGAUUAUAUUGCUAUGUUAUUCACUGGACUUUAAAAUAUUCUUUAAAUUCAGUAUUAUAAUAUGGUAUAAACACAACUAUGAAUUGUUAUUAAUGAUACAGAAAGUAGACGAUAUAUCGAUACAACCCUUAUGAAAACAUCCGUCUUUUGAAAGUUGAGAACAGCGAAGCGGAAUCGCAAGAGCUUUUUUACUAAUGACAUAUAUUCACAAGCGUGGUCCACGGAUAUGCCUUCACUGAAAUAUAGCACCAAUUUUACAUGUCAAUCUAGAUGAUAAGCACUCGGUCAAACGGAUAAUAAUAUAUUUUUAUGGUAAUGGAUUUUAAUGGACGUUUACGUGUCGCCUUAGCAGCUAGUGCAAUGAGUUUAUUGUGACAACAUAUUGAUGCUAACGAUAAAUUAUUAUUUGGUUAUAUUCCAAAAUGAAAUAUAUUUUAAUUAUAUUGUGUACGGACGGACAUAUUGACGGCACGUUCGAAACUGUAAUUUAAUUUUUCUAAAUUACGUGCCAUUAUAAUACUAUGUGUAAACAGUAUCAUUUUUAUACUUAUGAUAGAAAUUUAUUGUUAGAGAAGACCAAUAUAAUGAUUCCCAAGUCGGCGGGUGCCUUUUUGAGUACCUUAGUUAAUAUUAUUACAUAUCCUACGUGAUUCCUAAACUGUGCUGUCCAACUAUAUUUUUUAUUCAUGUCUACUUACAUCUAUAAGCUUCGUUACAUUCCAAAGAGUAUUUAUUUCUUAAUUUGAAUUGCUAUAUUAAGAAUCAUUCCUAUAAAUCUUCUGGAAUCCAUUCGUUAUGUGUAUAACACAGUGUUUAUGACGUUUAUACUCUUAGUAACAUUUUAUAUUUCAUACUAUAUUUGACUUUCAACAAAAAGCAAUAAAUCAUUGUGAAGCCUUUGUUGUAUAUAAUAAUUUAAUGUUAAAAUAUAAGCACAUCUUUGUGCCAAAACGUAUCCCCUUGUGGCAAAGUGAGCGUUCACGGAUUACUCCCUACUUAACGGCAUCCACAAUUUUAAGGUCACAACACUGGAUAGCUUGAACUCGACGUUGAUUUCUGGAAUGUAUGAAUGUCGACUUGUUGCAAUUUCCUGAGGGUCGAGUUCGUGCUAACUGGUCGCUAAGCAAUUUUAUAUAGUGAACAUCUUAAGGCACCAAUUAUUUUAUUGUAUAUACUGUAGGUAGUGAAAUCCCUAUAAUUAUUACAAGGUUUUAUAUACCUGUUUGUAUAUGUAAAUGUUUAUUUAAAGAUUAAAAUUAUAUCCAGAGUUUAAUGUGGAGAGGAGACGUGGCCUACUUGGAUAAAUUAGUUUAGUUCCUGGGGGAUAUUUUAACAUUUUCCCAGUAUUCACCCAACGAUAGUCAAUUAGCAAGAGAUUGAGAUUUAUUUGUAGAAUGGAAUAUUUUUAUGGUAUUACAAUGUAUGUAAAUACACUUGAACAAUUAGGUCUAUAGCUUCAAUUUAUUAUACAAUUGUAAUUCGAAUAGUUUAUACAAACUACUUGAUAUCUGUAUUGCUAUUAACAGUAAAAAUUGUAUUUCAACUCUUAAAAUAAAUAAAAUAACAAGA